UUAUUUUGAGCAGCGUUGUCAGAUUGUCAGCGUGUCCCAUAAUGGCAGCGUUAAGCCGCAGUCUGACCCUAAAAAAGGCUGCACGCAGGUCGAGCUAAAUUGGGGAUGUCCUCAUGCAAGUUCUUACUGAUCUGGGCCCUGUAGUGGAUCUCCUGGAGCACGGAGGAGGCUGUCCUUCCAAGAGAUCACAAAGCUUUAAUUCACAAGUACAUUCAGUCAUGUAUGGGCUUGCAAAAUUACUGUUUCUUUAGCUGGGGUUGGGAAGAAUACAUGUUACAAACUAAUUUAUCUCCUGUUGCCAAUGUAGGCAAGUUUAGUUUGUGUAUUCUCUGCUGAGCUCUUGGUGCAUUUUUAGGGUUUAAAAGUGCAGCGGUUGUAUUUUGACGUCAUCACAUGACGUUUUGAAUUGGAGACUGAACUUUGGGGUUUUGUGAAAUAAGAUUGAUUCGCGCUGUACUGGGAAUGAGACGAUGAGUUGGCUGACUGUUGGGUGACCGUUUUUUCAUCACAUACUCAUCUUCUGGUCUCUUGCUUCUACCAACAAUGUCUGUUUUUCAGCUUAUUUCAAUUUAUUGGUCUUGCUGUCAAACCAACCUGGAAUAUUUGUUCAUUUGACGUUCCAUUAUGGUAGUUACACUAUUUAAAAAAAAUAAAACAUUUGUACCUCUCUGGUUACCCUGUGAUUAUAAACAGAGAUGUAAACACUCCAAUCUCAGGACUAUACUGAUUUGAAGAACAUAAUGGAGCCUCUUCAUGGAGCAUUGAGGACAAAGCAGGGAAUCAACCUGGACAGGAUGCCACAGAACAAAGGAAAAAAAUAAGCUAUUCCACGUGCAUUUUUAUCAGAGACGCCUAGCAGUAUAUAGCAACAUUUUACAGGUUUAUAAGUUAACAUAGUAUCACAUGGCUGAGAAAUGUAAGGAAUGUCCAAACCUGAAAGGACGGCAUGUCUUUAUUGAUUUUGAUUAAUCAAAGUGUAGACUUCCUGCAUAGACUGCAAGGCUUAAUUCUUGUCGCAUUAGGAGUGUGACACAUUGGAUAUCAUCAUCUAGCAUUACUCACCCUCUCGCAUACUCGCACUCCAGUACACUCACAGGGUCACACCCAUGCAGGAUCUAGGAAGCUUUUUCCUGUGCAGACUUGUUAAGUACAUGUCAAUUUAUUUUUACUAUGUAAUUUUCUUUUUACCAUUUGCAUAAGCUUCCAUGGAAAUUAGACUGCGGUUUGUUUAUAAGCCGAGUAAAAUAGUAGUCGUGAGUGAAUGGUUUGUUUGUUCGGCGAUGUUUUACCGUACUGUGACUUGUUUGAGGUUCAUUGUCAGUUGACUCUGAGUCAGCAAAUGGCAGGAAUGAGUGGCUAAGUAACAUCCCGAGAUCCAUAGAAUGUGGGCUGGAGUGAGAGUGAUUGAGCACAUAGGCAUACAGUGAUCCAUCCCCGCCCAGCUCUGAUCUCUGUGUUCCUCAUUGUAUGAGCACAAAUGUAGAACCACAGUCAUUUACUGCACAGGUAUUGCUCUCUAUGCUCCUAUUGUCUCCCUGGAGGCCUUCCAGUUCUUUCCAGAUCGAUCGAACCAGAGAGCACACCGGCACCGCGUCCGUGUGUCAACGUACACGGGCUCUCAGACCGUACGCGGCGUGAGAAGUGUAAUGGAAAAUUGGGCUGAAGGUGCUUCCGUUGCUAGGUGACACCGUUUCCAUAUAUGGCGUUGUCUGUUUUUGCUCUCGAAGGUCUGCACCUCCUGCUCCUCCUGCUUUUGCUGCGCCCUCCUCUCUUCUCAAACAGCCUCAGGCCAGCUGAAGAAUUUAACAAACUGUGCAGCGGUUGCACCGUUUGGGGGGGGGGUGCGGACAGAUGCAGAGGAUCUCGGUCUCUUGGAAAAAAAUUCAGAGGGAGUUGCUGCACAUCUGGUAUCUUCUGACUUCUUGCGAUAGCAAAUGUGAGAUUAUUAUAUAUAUUUUUUGUAAGUAUGAUAUGAAAAUUAUGGAAGUCUGUGAGGGCAGCACAGUCCAGACUGUUUUGAAACCUGCCUCCUCCCAUCGGGCAGUAUAAGCCCAGCAGCCUGGCCAGGCCUGUCCCCCUCUCUUUUUGGCCCCUCCCUCAGUGUCCCUCCAUUUAGAUAAAGUCGUCUCGCACCGUCUCUCUUGCUUCUCCUGAGGGACAUUUAUACUCGUCGGACUGGUUUUGCACCACGAGCCGGGCAAGGUGGAUCCAUGUUUGCACCAAGUCGUGGAAGAAGCUGAAGACUAUGGUGCACUGCUCUCCCUUCACAGUGUCGUCCAAGAAGUGCUAUCCGUGGGUACAGCUCGCGGGACACGCAGGGAACUUCCAGGCAGGGGAUUGUGGGAAGCUGCUGAAGAAGUACUGCGAGUGCGAGCAGCAAUGCCUGCGCAAGCUGAUGGAGGACUGCCUGCGGCCCUUCGUGCCUGGCUACUACGGCGUCGUGCAGCAGGGCGAGCAGGAAUACAACCUGAUGGAUGACCUUCUAGCUGACUUCGAGUCUCCCUCUAUCAUGGACUGCAAGAUGGGCAGCCGGACGUACCUCGAGGAUGAGCUGGUGAAAGCGCGGGAGAGGCCGCGGUUGCGCAAGGACAUGUAUGAGAAGAUGGUGGCAGUGGACCCAGGUGCUCCCAGUCCCGAGGAGCGAGCCCAGCAGGCCGUGCUCAAGCCCCGCUACAUGCAGUGGCGAGAGACUCUCAGCUCUACCGCCACGCUGGGAUUCCGCAUUGAGGGCAUCAAGAAAGCUGACGGCACGUGCAACACAAACUUCAAGAAGACCAAACACAGGGAGCAGGUGAAACAGGCCCUGGAGGACUUUGUGCAGGGGAGAACCAAAGUCUUGAGGAGUUACCUGGAGAGACUAAAGGAGCUAAGGGAAGUUCUGGAGAAAUCUGAGUUCUUCCGGUCCCAUGAGGUGGUUGGCAGUUCCUUGCUUUUCGUGCACGACAAGACGGAACGAGCACAAGUGUGGAUGAUUGACUUUGGCAAAACUGUGCCCCUGCCGCCCCCCCUCACCCUGGACCACCGCACCCCUUGGGUGGAGGGUAACCGUGAAGAUGGCUACUUGUGGGGCCUGGACAACCUCACUGAAAUCCUGAGCUCCAUGCUGCCAGCUGCCUGAGAAGCUAACGGGGCAGCGUAGGCGAGGAGCUACACAGAGAGAUUGGUCCCCCAGCCGGAGAAGAGGAGGAUUUGGAGAACCCCCCCCCCCCCCAGAGACAACUCGAGAAAGGGAGGGAAGACUCAAACUGUGUGCACAACUAGGAGAAAAAUCAAGUUAUAAAAACUGAGCAUGUGCAGCCUCUACUCUCACUCUUGGGCUCACUGGUUCCCUCUGGUGGUAAGAAGAGAUGUGGCAUUCCACUGCACUCUUUCAAUAAGACAUUCUGAAUUUCUGAAGUUGCCUUAAAGAAAAAGGAAAAAAAAGUCCACGUGGACCAGUUGAACUGUUUUGUUUUUAAUUGUUUUACAGAUGCUUAUAACACUAGAACACUGGAAAAUGCGUACAGUUUUAUUUUUCGUGUUUUGUUUGAAUGUAAAUAGUUUUAUUUAAGUAUUUCAGCCAUAUGGAUUGUAGAUGAAUUGUUUUUCUGUGCUUUCUCUGUGGGAGUUUUUACAAGAGUCUUUUUAUUGCAAAGGGCGAGAGAACCAUUGCAGAGCUGUGUAACGCAUUGGGGAAAUGAGCUGGAAUCUAGACUUUUUAAGAAACUUGUCUAAGUCUUACAGACUCUUUGAGCGUAGUAACAAUGUGGUUAGAGUUCAAAAAUAAUGUCUCUUUUUAAACCAAUGUACACGCAUGCUGGGAUGGUGGCCCUGUGUCACCACCCUUAGGCUAACCAGGCUAUAUGCAAUAUGUUACGCGUUUCCAGCAAAAUUGUCUCUGCUUAGCACUGGUUUCCCGUUUACCAGUUAGAUAAAUCACACUAAGAUUUUUUUUUUUUCUGUCCAGGAAGCGCAACAGAUUUAAGUUCCGCACAUCACUUUUUCAGGUCGCCUUGCAUCAGUAAACUUUGACAGGCAAAAAUGGGACGGACCAUAUCAGUCAGAUCACAUACCUUGAAAAUGUAUAAAACUGGUAAUGAAAUUUCAAUGGGUGGGGAGUAUUUAGUUUACAGCUGUGGUGAAUGUACAUUUAGGGUUUAUUUCUGGAUGCCAAAAUCCUCUGUUGCAUGUUUAACCCAUUGUUUUGUCAUGCCUGCUGGAGCAAAACUGUACAGUGAUUUGUGCUCAUCUUUGGGCAAAAAUGCAGAACCUCUAGAGCUACAGAUAACAGCUUGUGUUCUUUUCCUAGUUUAUUCAACGGUAUAAAAUCUGUAUUGCAUGUUAUCAUUCGCGGCGGUUUUGAAAAAUCUUGUGUUCUGGGUUAGGGAGUUCCAGGGGUUUACCAGUAAAAACCAAAGGAUAAUGCAAGCCCACUAUAGCCCUGCUGCUUAGGAACUGAGGAUUGCAGAUCUGGGAUAAGUGUUAACUGAACCUGAGCUGGAGCAGCUUUUGACAGUGGCAAGAAUCUCUUCCUGUGGAACUAUGCUCUCUAGUAUGGCUGUGUUUUCCAUGUAUACAGAAAUGUGGUUUGUGUUUAGUUUAUCUAACAAUGUGUGUAAAGGCGUCUUAACUUCAAAGCCAUACUGGGUAUAGGUGCCACUCAGCUCCCAUGCUGUUACCAGCCUGUUUGUGACUUUGGAUUUAAAAUAUCAGUUUACAACUGGUCUGAACUGGUUAGAGAGGGAAGUUGAACAAAAGUAUAUAUGACUGUGACUUGUGAUCUGAAUUUUUGUAACUUCUGGUACAUUGUGACUGCAGACGGUUUGCAGAUUUAGAGGGAUUUAACAUCCACACCCCCCCCCCCACCUUGGAAUUCAGAGAUAUCUAAAGCAAUAUUUCAGGCUUUUUCUAACAGCACUAACUCGGGCAUUUUUAUUGUCAGUUUGACGAAAUGUGAAGGUUAUUGAUAUAAAUUCAUAAUGUAAAAUUCACAAAGUCACAUAAUUAACCCGAGGAUUGUGGGUAUCUUAGUCAUGUUGAAUUUACUGCUUUUGUAAAUGAUACUUUGUGUGUCUUUUGCCACAUUCCUUAACCAAGUGUUACAAAGCGAAGCACCUUUAUGUGUUUUUGUACAUCUCCGGCCGAGACCUCUUUCAGACAUUUUAAAACCAGGAAAGUGAUCCAACAUCAUUCCCCCAGCAGCUCCACAUCUCUGGAACAUCACUGAAUUGUUUACAAAUGGUGUUCUGUGUGUUGGGUUUUAUUUUUUUACAACACAUUGUAACCAUUGUUGUAUUAAUCGAACUGCAUGUCUGCGUGCAGGGAUGUGUAAAGAGGAUGUGAGACUCACAGCGAUAGUUUUUGUGUCUGUAUUCUCCUAUAUGCCAACCGCUGACCCACUGGACCGUGUUGUGGGUCAGAACAGAGUCCCCUGUGUGUGUGAGAGACAAAGUCUGAAUGUCAAUAAACUGGAUCUGUGAGCCUUAGAA